CUGGAGAUGCCUCAUAACAGCACGCUGCGUGUGUCUGAGGGGUUUGACUAUGCGUGCCUCGUCUUUGACCGACUGGAAAGCAUCGCAGAUGUCAAGUUUGGCAAGCUAGUGCUCAUCAUAGUACCAACGGACUCUGGUGGUUCAACUGGUGCGCAGAAGGC